GCAGCCUGCUCCGAGCAACGGACUGUUGUCACAAUGUGCCGGCUGAUCAAUCGCCAACUGCGUCUCCCAGUUGACUUAUCGUGAACGGCUAUAUAACAGACGAGGGAUAGCGAGAGAGAGAGAGCGAGAAAGAGCGCGGGCGCGAGAGAGAAAGAGAGAGCCAAAGAAAGAAAGAAAGAAAGAAAGAAAGAGAGAGAGAGAGAGAGAGAGAGAGUAAGUAACUAUAACCAAGACGGCGACACUAACGAAAGAAACGCAACCCGUCACAGCAUCCUCUCUCAGCAGCAGACGAUUCGUAAUCGCCGGCUCUCUCUCCCGAAUGGGUUUCGGCGGGAAUCGCUCUUGAUCGCGUCGCCUGUGCGGAAAAGUCUCCCGGUGAAUUUUGUGAUAGCGAGAUAUUCGUGAGUGGCGCCAGAGGUGAAGCAGCUCUGCUUGCGUGCAGCUCACACGACAAGACUAAAUCUUGCUUGAACUAAACGCAACGAUAGAGAAGUAAUUCGUUCUUCGUGUGAGGUUUGCGCUCACUCCGUGAGGUGAAACUGUGUGGUGUAGGCGCUACGACAGGUCCAGUCCUCUACCCUUGGUUCGUGACUAACAACUGGCGAGCAAGGCACUUACGUUAUACCUAUAGGGAAUCAACUGAUACCGGUCGGAGCAAGCAUAAUAAUUUUCCUGCUGAUUUAGCCUAAAUACCGGUCGGAGUAAGACAACAACUUUAACUGGUUAAUCAUACAUAACAACCUGCACCAACCUUACAUGGUUAAUCAUACAUAACAACCUGCACCAACCUUACCUGGUGUAUCAGCCGACAUCGGUCAGCGCAAGGUUCUACGUUACCUGGUUAAAUGGACACAGCAGCCUGUGCAAGGCUCCUGUGUUACCUGACAAACUAACGGAGCCGUGUCGACAAGGCUAUCGCAUUACCCGGCGAAUCAAUCAAGCGGGCUUCGCAAAGCAUCUCCUUUUGAAUUGAUCUUGCUUUGAUCGACGUGGAAGUGCGAGCGACACAUUCCCUCGCACAGCUGCGGCGGGAUCAAGCGCGGGCACGCUCUCGCACGCGCGCCGUCUGCAUACGGCACGCGACGCGGGAAUCGCAGCCUGGGGCACGCGCGAUCGCCGCCUCAAGUCGCACAUCGGCGCGUGUCGCACAUACGCGACUGCUCAGUCACCGUCGCUCGACACGGAUACGCACUCGGCUCGAUUGAAAAAAAACCUCCGGCGCAUGCAGACGCGCGCGACCGAAGAAUCGCCGCCGGACGGCAUCUGACAGGCGGGAACGGCCGUAGACAGAAGACAGAGUGCUCGACCAUUACUCUUAUCACGCGCCGUCGGCGAUGAGGGCUACGCCGAGAGAUGGAGAUGAUCGCUGUUCACCUGCUGCCGACGCACCAGAUGACGUGAGCAGAAUCCAGCAUCCGACGAUCGAAACGAGAGAGAAGAAAGAAACAGUCGAAACGGCAUCCGUCUCCGAGCCUGUGUUGACAGCUCGACGCCCACCACAGCCACGAUGAUGGCGGCGUGUCACGUGUUCAUUGUGUUCGUGAUGAUGUCAUCGGCGACGGUGCAGCCGCGACCCAGCGCUUCGGGCAGCGCGGGAACGCCUCAAGGUCAGUCGACGCAAGCGGAAGCCGAACACAUUCGAAACAACGCCACCUGGCGAAUGGUUGGAGACACGCUGACGUCGGCAACCGACAACGGCACGAUCUCGAUUAGCCUGAGCGUGGCGGAAACGGAAACUAGCGACGACGACGUGGCGGCGGCAACGUCACGUCCGGCGCCGGCGAUCGCGCAGACGCAGAAAUCUGCGACGUCGGCGGCCGCUCCGCCCUCUGUCGACGAUUCUGACAACGACGACGAAACCGUCGGUCGAGACUUGAACGAGAGCCGACGUCACGUCGCGACGCUUCGUCCCGAUCCGGGACGAGAACAGGCAGACGAACCGGAAGCGAGCGCGUCCCAAAACAAUUAUCGACAUACAAACGAAGAUAAGGACGCGGAGGAGGAGGAAGCGGAGAAGGAGAGAGAGGGAGAGGAAGAGGAGAAGGGAAAGGAAGAGGAAGGAGAGGGUGAGAAGCAGCAGCUGCAGCUUGAGGCAGACGAUCGUCUGAGAGCUGUAGCUGCGUCUGCGCAGAAGAGCGAGGUCGUCUACGUUAACGACUCCAUCGAGUUCAUCAUCAGGGUGAACAAGACGGGCAUGUACGUGUACGAACUGGAGAAGCGACCUGGCGAGGACGACGAUGACGAUGGCGGCGCGCAUGCUCAGACGCUCGACCUGCAUGAGGCGAGCCUCGUCAUCGUCGAGGAAAUACCUGCCGACUGGAACGAGUCCGAACAUCCGCUUCCGCCUGACACGCGCUUCCAGCACUCGCCGCUAGAGGUCGUCGACUCGCUCGCGCAGCGCGUUGGCGAGGGCUUCGAGCUACCGCCGGCGAAGCAGCCAAUCAUAUACGAGGACGCGUACGACGCAACGGUAGCGCUGCGAGAGAACGGCGAUGUCGUGAAAGAUCCCAACGCGUCCGUGGACGACAAAGGACUCAUUAUGACGGUGGGCAAGAUGGAGUUGCUGAACAUUGUCGUACCUGUUGCCGUCGGCCUGACAACGGCCCUCUUCCUCGUCAUGCUCUUGUGGGCCAUCCGCCAUUUCAACUCGCAGAGCAAAGUUCCCGAACGACGCGAGAGCAUUGUAGAGGAGGGAGGAGAGGUGGAGCAGAACAGCGGCGACACGAGCGUGCUGCUGCUCGGCGAGCCGGGAGAGAGCACCGAGGACGAGUGCUAGAGCCUGCCGUCACCCUCUCCAUGUCACAGCAACGCGAGACACGCCGCCGCGCCGGUAGCACUGAGGAUCCGCCAGUCAGCAGCAAUCGGAGUUAUCCGCCGCCGCCGCCGCCGCCGCCGACAGUGUGUGUGCCAACCGGCGGAAAACACUACGACGAGAUAGAAAGGACGGGUCGGCGUAUUUCGCGCGUGUCGCCGAAUGAUGUUUGUCGUCAGAUGAUCCAUGAUGUCAUCAUGUCCAAGAUGUCUUCAUGCUGUCUCUCGUCUGCGGCGACUUUGUCUCCUGCUCCGCGACUUUGUAUCCUGCCUGGCGGUCAACGUCUCUCCUUUCCUGCGGUUAUCUCGUCGUCUGCCUAGCGUCCACCUUUUCCUCUGCCUGGCAGCUAGUUAGUCUCCUGUCCGGUAGCAAUCUUGUUUCCUGUUCCGCGGCCAUUUUGUCUCCCGUCCCGCGGCCAUUUUGUCUCCUGCCCGGGGUCAUCUUGUCUCCUUCCUCGCGGCCAUCUUGUCUCCUGUCUUGCGACCCUCUUGUCUUCUGCCCGGCGGCCAUCCAUUACGAUCGCGCGGGGAUGCAUGUAUGAGCCGCGCGUGAUUUUACCAUAUCAAAUUUUCAUGCAGACUCAGAAGGUAUUACGAUUUUCAACUGUCGAUGUGUUUGUUAUUGAGUACGAUCUACUGUUUCUUACUCGCGGCGCUAAGCGGUAGCAGCUUAACUGCCAGUACUACUGCACUGGGCUUUAAACUCGUGUCGCCAUGAUUUAUAUGCACGUUUGGAACAACAACGUGGAAUUUGAGAAGAGAACCCGUACCUUACUUGAUCCCAGUUGAAAA